GUUUCGGUUAAAUUUUGUGUAUUUCUUUUCUUAAUGCGAUUUGCAUUUUGCUAUGGGUUAAAUAGUGAAAAAUGUCACUGCAUAUAUUUGAGCAUAUAUUCGAAUGAUAAUUUUUUAAAGUAGAAGUCGAUAGAUUUGACAAAAUACCAAAAAUGGCGAUCUGAAAAAACAAUUAUUUCAUACAAUAUCUACGUAUAAUUGGAUCGACUUGUUGAGAAUUGGCAAACGUGUACCCUUCCGUCAUUUCUGCAUAAUAUUUCUUUCUAUUCGCUUGACGGAAACUAAUAUCUUUGAAGUAACGUUUGGAACGUUCAACAUAUAUUUCCUUUUACCUAGUAAAGUAUACAAUAGAACGUUAGGGGACAUAAUUGGACGUGACGGGAUGUAAUGAAACGUGACGAAAAUCGACGGAAUUGAGUAGGACUGGACUAGACCAGACAUUGCAAAACUGAACGAGACGAAACUUUAUGUUACUUUCGACGAUAACCUCGUAGAUAUUCCAGGCAAAGAAGAAAAAUGCAGACAAUUAAAUGCGUUGUAGUUGGGGAUGGUGCAGUAGGUAAAACUUGUCUGUUGAUUUCAUACACCACGAAUAAGUUUCCAUCCGAAUAUGUCCCAACAGUGUUUGAUAAUUAUGCUGUGACUGUUAUGAUUGGCGGUGAACCAUAUACCUUAGGAUUGUUCGAUACAGCAGGUCAGGAGGAUUAUGACCGGCUACGUCCCUUAAGUUAUCCUCAAACUGAUGUGUUUCUUGUUUGUUUUUCGGUUGUGUCACCAUCGUCAUUUGAAAACGUUAAAGAAAAGUGGGUUCCAGAAAUUACUCAUCAUUGUCAAAAGACUCCAUUCUUACUGGUGGGUACUCAGAUCGAUUUACGAGACGAUGCAGCGACUAUAGAAAAACUUGCAAAAAAUAAACAAAAGCCUAUAUCUGCGGAACAAGGUGAGAAACUUGCCAAAGAACUCAAAGCAGUAAAGUAUGUGGAAUGCAGUGCUCUUACACAGAAAGGUUUGAAAAACGUGUUCGACGAAGCUAUUUUAGCAGCGUUAGAGCCUCCAGAACCAGUUAGAAGAAGACGAUGUAUCGUUUUGUAGAGAGCAACUAACAUCGUUUUUAAAACCUAUUAGCACUGUUCGGAUGAUGACUGCUGUAUGAAUUUGUCAUACAGUGCAUACGAGAAUACUUUCGACUAAUGAUAGUUCGUCUGACUAUCUGUGCGAUCUAUCUUUCGUUUUCAACCAUUCGACGUACGCUCGAUUCGAAGAAAUAAUUCGAUCCAGAAAAGGUGAAAACAAGCAUUUUAUGUAUAAGAAAUAUCCACACAUAUACAUGUAUAUUAUGUGCGUACAUGUGCACGUGUAUGUGUAUAUAUAUACACACACACAUAUAUAUAUGUAUAUAUAUAUAUAUAUAUAUGCAUUCAUGCAUACAUAUACACUGAGCGCGCGUGCACAGACACACACACACACACAGAGAAGCAGACACACCCAUACCAAUAUUUAUCCUUUCGUCGACUGGUUCAUCGAAAAAAGAUAAUCUACGGUUGGUUUUUGCUUCAACCAAUUCGAAGCAGCGAGCGAACAUCGAUGCUUCUUGGCAAUCGCGUGGAAGGAACAAUGUAAUUAUUGACAACUGUGAACAUCUACACGAAUUUCGUAUAAAAAAUACUUGUAAAACAUUCUUCUAUUUAAUAUGUAAGACGUUUUUAUUGAUAACUUAGUAGUGUGAAUUUUUUAAUAAAUCAGUUUAAAAAAAGAUUAUGAUUGAAACAUA